AUGACAAUUACUCUCAGCGAAACUCAGCAUCUUCCUCCCACACCCGCAGAGGUGCGCGAGCAUACUUCCCAAGAAAGUGACGACUACGGAAAGUAUCAUCCUGCCCACCCAAAGGACCUGAAUCUUGAAUCAAACUUUGGACCCAUGGCCCCUGAUCAAAUUGGGUACCUUCAGCCUACUUCCAGGGAAACCCCAAUUGAUCUCAUGCGCGAACGGUUUCAACGUGAUGGAUAUUUAUUCGUGAAAGACCUUCUUCCUAAAGAGAAAGUGCUGAAAUGCCGACGACGUUAUUUCGAGCACAUGGCCUCCUCGGGCCUUCUCAAAGACGGCACAGACCCGGUAGAAGGAAUAUUCAGUGACAAAGACAGUCGGAAGUUCCUUCCGCCUGGAAACCUACGACGGCUGUUCGGUCUGAAAGAUGAUGAAGAGUCAGACAAGUACCUCGAGUUAAUGAUCAGCGCCCACGAGGCAGACUUCUAUCUCGAAUUCUGCGAGAUCGAAGAGCUCAGGGCCUUUAUCAGACAUUUUACCGGAUGGGAAGACAUCACGAUGCUACAAAGAACCCUCCUCCGAGCCUUUGUCCCCGAUAGCGAACUAACCCCCGUUCACUUCGAUCAAAUGUACCUUCGAGCAGGUCCGCCGACAAGUUUGACGGCAUGGGUUCCGAUUGGCGAUGUCUCCCUGGAAGGAGGAGGGCUCAUGUACUUGGAGAACUCUGUCGAAAUCGGGCAACAGACGGAGGCAGAGUUUGCUCGAAAUGCGAGCAACCUGACCGACGAGGAGCGUGUUUCGGCGUUUAAUAAGAAUAUGAACGACGGUGGGUUCUUGAGCCGUGACACCGUAUCGUACGGGCAGAAGGCUCAGAGAAAAUGGUUGAUUACCGAAUAUGAGGCGGGAGAUGUGAUCUUUCAUGACCCGUUCCUGGUGCAUGCCAGUUGCAAAAACAAGGAUCCUGAACGGCGCAUUCGAUUGGCAACGGACCUGAGAUUUGUUGAUUCUACUAAACCAUAUGAUAAGCGUUGGAUGAAGGUGUAUAGGCCACUUGAUGGUUUGUAG